CAUAAAUGGUUAUGCGAUUUUUACAUUCAUGUAAUUGGUUUUCUAAGGAGGGACAAUAUUAAGACAAAAAACUUAAGGGAAAAAUUGGAAAUGUUUGCCAAAAACAAAAAAGAAUGUCUGUGACAAAAGACUUAAUAGAUAAGUUUAAGCUGAACAUUCAAAGCUGUAGAGAAAUAAGAAUAUUUAGAAAAAAAUACGGAUACUAUCAUCAUGUGUUUGUUGGUGAGGUUAGUGACAAUGGAUGCGAUCUUUAUCACUAUCAUUGCGCGAUAAUACCGUUCCUUAAAUGCAAAGCUCCUGGCAAAAUAUCAAAGGUUAGACUUAAUUUUGAAGACAAUGAAUUGAGUUCAGAAAUCUUGGAGAUAUUUAAUAUUGACGAUGAGAAUAAGGAUUUUGAAAUAGUUCCACGAACAGAUUAUCCCAAAGACAGAAAAGCCGAAGAAGAUUGCAUCAAGAGAGCAAAAUUAAGACUGGAUGAAGAGAAAUAUUCUUUAACUUGCAAUAAUUGUGAAAGUUACGUAAACUGGAUUUUCGCAAAUGAUAAUUCAUCACAACAAGCAGAAAGUUGCACAGAAAAUAUACUGAUCGGUAAUGCAAUAGACGGAGGAAUUUCAAGAGGAGUAGAACAUAUAAUUAAACAUGCAAUAACAGGGAUCAUUCAAGCUUGGGAGAAGCUAAAGAAAGCAUUUGAAUACAUACGAGAUAUCAUACCGUCUUGGUAUGAUUUAUUUAAGAAACUCAAGGAAGGGCCACAUAUUUUUAUAAAGUUUUGUAAAGAAAUAUUUAACAAAUUCCAAAUUAUGGUAACGGAGACAAGUGUUGAAAAAAUAUUCACGAAAGCUUCAGAACUGUUUAAAACUGUACCAACGGAUCUAAAACAAUCAGUUAUUCAAUUGAUAAAAGCUGUAAUUGAGGCAGCAAAAAAUGUAGGUCCUGAUAAUUACGAAAAAAUUAUCAAUUCAGCUAAACAAAUCGUAAAAAGAAUUGCUGAUGAAAUUAAAAAAAAGAGUGAUAAAGAAGCAAAAGAACAAACUUCCCCGACUGCUUUACGGUUUGCAGUUGUUUCCGAAAUGGCAUCGUUAUUGAAAAUCAUGUUGACUAUUUACUACGACAAUAAAAUGACAAAAAAGCAGAAAGCACAAAGUGUUAGUAGAGAACUAUUUUCUUCAAUAUUUGGUGUAAUCGGCUCAACGAUCGGACAAAUACUGGUCCCUAUUCCGAUGGUCGGAAGCAUAGUUGGGGGUGUGCUCGGAAAUAUUGCAGGAGGUGCGUUUGGUGGAAGUUUAUUUUCUUUUAUCUAUAGUUGGUUUCAGGAGUUUACCUUUGAACUGGAUGUUGAAUACUUGCAAUUAAGUGGUAUAAUUUUGUUAUUUCUGAUUGUAAAUGACAAUUUUGCAAAACCCAUUCUACAAUUACUUUAAAAGAAAAGGAAACAGGGGAAAAAUAAAAUUCCGAAAAAACUCAUAUCAAAUACCACAAUUCUUUAGUAGAGAUAAAGCGUUGUUUCAGGAAAAUUGUCAAACAAGGACAAAUAGCCAAGUGAUAUCCCUUUAAUAACAUCACUGAGACAGUCGAUACGAUUAACUUUCAAAUCUCUCAAUAAAGCUCAGAAGUCUAAGGAUCAAAUAGUUGGGCAGGAUUCUCGGUGUUGAAGAGUGAAAUUCAAAAGCAAUUCAACCGAGAAAACAGGAAGAGAAUAAUAAAAAUGUAAAAUAUUGCACUAUGGAAUUCAAUCUAAAAUAAUAUUGGUAGACGUGAACGUUCAUGUCAAGUUAAAUUAACAAGACAACAUGUUUUACCAAAUAAGACUCUUUGAAGAAAUGGAUGUGAAGAUUUGCAACACUAACUCUCAAUAUUCACAAAAGAAUAACUAAAAGUGGUACAUAACCAUUAAACAAAUAUGUUUAAGAUUUAAGCAAUAAUAAAAGAUUACCAGCUGGGUACUUUAACGUACCGAAAAGAACUCGCUUUGGACAAAGAUUAAUUAGAAACUUAGAGCAUACAGUAAAAAGUGAACACAAUGUCAGCAGGAUAAACGUUAACAGGCGCGAGAGAUCGGAUUAGGAUCUGUGUAAUUCUUAUUAUCUAUUUAAUUGUAACAUGUUUGUGAAUAUGAGGGGAUCCGAUCAAGUUGGACGAGUUAUUCAAUAUUUUAAAGUAUA